AGAGUAAGGCAACAUGGCGGAGGCAACGAGCAGGGAGCUCUUCCUUUUCGGGAUUAUUGUGUGAUGAAUUCCACUGGCAGUUUCAACCGGGAGUCACCCGGCUGAAUGUGGGGCUGCUGUUUCUCUGUUAAUGGCCGGGGAGCCCAGCGCUGAACUUUUGCUGAUGGUUUGGAAUAAAAGUUGGACUGAACAGGAAAAUGAGCUGGAGCAGUGUAACAGGUUUUCAGCAAUUUUGGGCUUCUCCAGCCUUGCCUGAAGAUCGGGUGCUGUAUUCAGGUGCUGCCGUUUUCCCAGGCAGUUUUGAUCAUCGGGGAUCUCCACUUGUCAUAUUCCCCAGAGCACAACACAACAAGCUGAUUUCUGAUUUAAAACAGGCUGAUGUUGUUGAACUUCUCAAAUAUUUUCAUCUUCAUCUUGGUGAAUCACAAACCAGAAAUGGUCUGGUAUCCAUUGUAACCGAUCUAAGAUCUGCCACAUUGGAUGUUGUUUCCAUCAUUAUAAACAGUUUGCUGCAAGUUCAGCACCAGCUUGGAAAAGUAGUGGACACCUUUUAUGCUGUGCAGCCGCAGGCAAAAGGCAUUAGGAAACAUGUUUUGAAGUCCCUUGGACUGGGCUGCAGCAAACAGUGUUCGGAGCUACCGUUCAAGUGUGUGCUGCUUAAUGAAAUAUAUGAGUUAUUCAACUACAUUGAUAGGAGCCAGUUGACGUCUGAUCUUGGUGGAUACUUGAUUUACCAGCACAAAGCAUGGGUCCACUUCAGGAAGGAGAUUGAUGGCUUUGCCCAUGAAUAUUUUACCUUGGCCCAGAAAUUUCCUGGCUGCUUAGCAGGUCUCCAGCAGCAGUCUCUUCAGUCAUUGCCUACAGAAGCUGAGGAAUUGGAGCAGUUCUGCCAGCACAUCAAGGAGCUUCAUGCAGCAUGGAAGAGGGACCUGGGAAUUGAUGAUUUACUGAGAAAGUGUGAGGAGAUCCUUGAGAAGUUCAGGGAUCCCAAAUCUGAUCCCUGCUUUAAUGCCAUGGCUGGGACAACUCAGUUUCAACAGGCAGCUGAUGACUUGUUUAAAAAGGAUGAAAGGAUAAGAGCAGCUGUGAAGAAAGUGGAAUUAUUAAGGCAACAGUCCCUUGCCAGGGCUCAGCUUUCACUGAAGGACCUUUGGUGCAGGGAGAGGGCUCAGCAGAUUACUGAUUUGAUUGUCUCUGAAGGAAUGGAGAAGAUUCAUUCAUACAAAUUAGAAAUUGCAAAUAAUUUGAGCCAAGCAGAGCUUCUAAAAUUGGAUUAUGAUGUUGCCAUUUAUAACCCUGCAAUGAAGUUGAUUGCCGAAUCUGAGAAACUACUGCAGGAUCUUGAUGAAAUAAUGGAAGCUGGAGGAAGGACAGAAGAUUGUAAGGAGAAACUCAGCAGGUUAAAAGACAUGUUCCACAUAGCUGUAGAACUACCCCGGCAAACUUUAAGAGCUGUGUAUGACUUCUACGACAUUUUUGAAAAAGUUGCUGGUUGGUAUCAUUUACUGUUGCAAGAAAUAUUUUUCAAAGAGGCAUUUUGUGAUAAUACGGUGCAUAAUUUGGGAUUUCCUCAUGAGGCAGUCCUGUGCCUUAAACCAAGCUGGCAGGACCAUGUUAAUCGCUUCCUGAAUAAAGCUCCUCUUCCUGCUGUUGAGGAAUUGGUUCGGCUCGGGCAUUUGGCUGAUUGCAUUCCAGACACGCUUCACAGGAGGAGGGGAAAGCUGCUGUCCCAUCAGUGUUCAGUUGUAAGAAAGCUGUUGACUUCUCCGGGACAAGUGCUGCUGAUUGACUUGGAACAAGCAGUUCAGUGGCAAGAAUUGUAUUUAAAGGCAUUCCAAAAUGUAUUGGUUCCUUGUGCCAGCUCGUCCAUUGAUACUGGCAUUACUAGAGGUGCUGCAGAGGCUCUGAAGACUGCCAACGAACAUGUGGUGCAAGAAGACUUCUUGAAUAAAUACUUACACAAACCAAACCACGAAGUUGGCUUUGAGCUGUGUGUAUCCUCGGCAGAAAAGCAUUUUAAUAAAACUGAUCCAAUUCAACACAGUGGGAGCUGUUUCAGCAGUGGUUAUAUUGACCACAAGUUGCAGUUAACCAUUCCAUCAGCUCAUGAACUGGCUGGUGAAUGCCCUAAUCAGGCAGGCAAAGCACUCAGCCAAAGGCCAUCUUCUUCAAUUUCUUUUGCCUCUGGAAUUGAUGGGACUGGCACCUGCAACUUUGAAACUCUACAAUUUAAUUAUGAAAUAGACAAUGGGGAACAUGGGGUAAAAAGAGCUUCAAACUCAUCACUGAUAACUGAAGAUGCAAAACUAAAUGAAGAGGCUAAAGUUGGUGGGGAUGAGUCCACGUGCCAAGCAAUUGAUGAAUUUGGGCUUGCUGAUUCGUUGUCUGUGUCAAGUGAAGUACAGUCCUUCCCAAAAAUUAAUCCAAAUGCUUUAAACUUUGAGAUAAAGGUGAGCCGGUCAGCUAGCUUGCCCAAGAAUCCUUGGAUUAGCCUUUCCGUUGAGGACCUUGAGAAAUCCUAUGUGGUCACAAUUACUCCCAAAAAGCCUGUAUUGGAGACACAAAAUUUCAAACCUACAAUUGAUGGAAUCUGUGAUAUGGUACAGAAGAAUGAAGAGAGGAAGGCGACUGGGUUUAGUGGCAUGACUCCCUGUCUGAACAAACUGAACCCUACCGAGACCACGUCAUUUGAGAAUGUGGCUACGGAAAAGGAACAAGUUUUUGUUACUGAACAAUGUGCUGUGCACACCAGUGAGAGAUUUAAUCAUGCACACGGCCUCAAAGAACAGAAUCUGGAUCCUUCUAAAAAUGUUGAAAAUCUUGAAAAUGAGAACCCGGAAAUUCCCUAUGAUAGUUACGAAUUUUUUGGCUCCAAAAUGCUACUGGAAGGGAGUGACGGUGAAAGAAAACACACUGGGUUAACUGAACCAAUGACGUGUGACUGGGAGAUGGAGCAAGAGAAGCUUCAGAAUGAUGUGGAAAAGCUGCUGCUGAAGACUGCCAAAAUAUUGGAGGAGGAAGAAUCUGUGCUCAGACAAGAAAAUGAGCUGGAGCUUCUCUUGCAAUUGGAAGAUGGGGAAAGCAGUGACGAUCCUGAAGAGAACCACUCUACAUCUGAUAAGCACCAAGGGACCAUGAGCAGUGGAAAGGUGAUGAUGUCUCUGAACGAGCUUUCAGAAGCCGGAGUGAUUGGAUUGGAGGACUAUACCUGGCCUGAAACGGGACCGCAUGAAUUUCGCUGCAGUUGCACGUGUCCACAUUUAAGUCGUGAUGUUGAGCAUACACAAGAAGAAAGAGGUUUCAAACAUUACAGUGGUUUUUGCUCUGCAAACUGUACUGCUGCUCCAUCUGUUCCAGGGUCACACUGGGUGCACCACAGCGAUUCCAGGUUGCUGCAAGAGUUGGAAGAACUUAAUCAAAUAGAGGACAGAAUUCUGGAAGAGAACUUGAAAAUAAGAGAAUUGUGUUGCUCUGAGGAAGAGCAGAGUGUUGAAAUUCCAAUUUCUCAUGUGUCAAACACAGGCCAGUCAAACACAGGCCAAUCAAACACCAGCAAAGAUAGAAUACGGUUCUUGAUGGAGCUGGAAAGGGAGAAGAAGGAGGUUGAGAAAAUGGAGCAAAGUCUAGUGAGGGAAGAGAAAAUGAGAGGCAAAAAUUUGAAGAAACAGCCACAAGUAUCUUCAAAGACAAAAUAUGAUAACCAAAAGAAACGUGCAACAAAAUCUUCAGCACGUGAUACAAUUUCUAAUUUAAAAGCCAAUCCAGUGGUUGAAGUAAAAAGCCAGUUUCUUUUGGCAGGAAGGAAUUUAAAGUCCAAUGAUAAAUGCAAGAUAAAUGCUAUCUAUUCAGAUUCAAGUCAGGACCCUGCUUGCCUCAAAGUUUCUCAGGCCAAACUGCAGAUUGGUCAUAGCAGAAAUAAAGUCACCAAAACAGUACAAUCCGAAAAAAGUUGCUUGCAAGACCACUGUCUUGAUCUGACCAUGAAUAAUAAUGUUUCUAUCCGUGAAGAAAAAAAUCUAUCAAGUACAAUUGAUGGCCAAAUAUUUAUUUCCCCAUUGCACAAUGAACCCUGUAUACAAUCAGAUAAAAUAGAACAUGAAAUUAAUAAUGGAAUCUCAGAAGAAAUCCAAGUAGAAAGCAGGCAGGAGAUUGAUGGUCCAGAUUGGUUUGCAUUGACAGAUGAGUGCAAGGGACGGGACAGUGUUGAUGCUGAGGCUGUCUAUUUUAGUCCAGCAGAGGGAGACAUUAAGAAAAACGGCACUUUGCAUCUUGAAGUCGACAGAAAUGGAACUCUUAGACAGUCUGCUAAUUCACCUGAGAGUGAAAUCAUUGACAGUAAUGAGAACUGUAGAGCAGACUGCAAAAACCAAGGAGACCCAACUCUACAGACCAACCAAAAGCCAAAACCAGCACUGCGGACUAACGUUCCUGCCAACGUGGAAAAGCUUACAGCUCGUGCAAUUUCUCAGGAAAACUCUGACAGAUCUCAUGGAAGUACCAUUAUGGCAAAAUGUGGUAACAAGAACAAGCAAAGACUUCCAGUACCCAGACCCAGAAAAACUAUUAAACAGUGCCAAACCAAAAGUCACCCAGAACAGUACUUGGAAGGUUCUGGUCCUUUCCGGAAACAUACUGAGCAUGCAGAAACUUCAGCAUUAGUGGGCACCUGCUCGGUUUCAAAGGAGCCCAGAGCACAAGUGCCUAUGAUGGCUGGUGCUGGACACAAGUCUAAUCCCAAUUUCCAAAUUGGGAACAAAAAUAAAUCACAAGGCUUCAGAAAGGACACGAUGAGUAAAAAUUCUACCAAACUCCCUGACAGCCCAGUAAAUGUAAAGGUCGAACAAGUAGAUUGCAAGAAAGCUAAUUCCAGCACUGAAGCAGGUUCUUUAUUUAACUCCACUGAGAACAGAAAUAUGUGUUCUUGGGGAAAAGGUUCCAAAUUGGUGGUAAAUGGAGGUGUGUGUGAUGAAGGUAAAUGCAAUGAACAGCACAUUCUUUUAUGUAAUGAAGUAAAGCAGGAAGCCAGUACAAUUUGCAGUAGCAGCUUAGAAUCAAGAGAGAAUUGCAUACCUGAAAUGUUGCAUUGUAAUGAAUCCAGAAAUAUUGGCACUCAGAAAGGUUCUGUACGUAUGACUGAUGAUUCAAUCCAUUUGCAUGAUUUUACAAAUCAAGACAUGUAUCCUGUAUUUGAAGAUUGCCAUGCAAGAGUGUCUGUGACAUUUAAUCCAGCAAUGAGUGCACACACUUUUCAAGCAUCUGUUUUCAAGGUCUGUGAUUAUAAAACACCAAUUGUAUUGGACACUGGUUCUGGCCUGAUGAAAGCAGGCUUUGCGGAUCAGGAACUACCAACAACUAUAUUUCCCACAGUAAUUGGACGGCCCAAAUAUGAGAGUGUUUGCCAUGGGAGGAAUCAGCAGGAUGUUUACAUUGGCCAUAAUGCUCAGCACUUGCGAGGGGUUCUUUCCUUGCACUACCCAUUGGAACAUGGAAUUGUGACCAACUGGGACGAAAUAGAACAGAUCUGGCACCAUACGCUUUAUCGUCAGCUCCAUGUAGAGCCAGAAGAACACCCAAUCCUCCUGACUGAGGCGGCCAUGAACCCACACCAGAACCGAGAGCGAAUGGUUGAAAUCAUGUUCGAAACCUUUAAUGUGCCUUUUUCUUUUGUGGCAAUGCAAGCUGUUUUAGCACUCUAUUCUGCUGGACGAACUACAGGUAUAAUCUUGGACUCUGGAGAUGGAGUAACGCACACCGUGCCAGUGUAUGAAGGGUACAGCCUCCCCCAUGCCAUGCAACGCUUAAAUCUGGCUGGUCGUGAUCUCACAGAACAUCUUAAAAAGCUAUUGAAAGAAAGAGGAUAUUCAUUUAAUUCUACUGCAGAGCGGGAAAUUGUCCGAGAUAUCAAGGAGAAGCACUGUUAUGUUGCUGGAGAUUAUGAAGCAGAACUGGGUAGCCCUGAAGAUGUCAGAAAGCUGCAUUAUAUAUUACCAGAUGGACAGAUAAUUACAUUGGGAGAUGAGAUGUUCAGGGCUCCAGAAAUCUUAUUUAAGCCAGAGAUGAUUGGAAAGGAUCAUUAUGGAAUUCAUGAGAGUCUUCUCCGCUCCAUUAUUCUCUGUGAUGUAGAUUUGAGGAAAACCUUUGUUGCAAACAUUAUUCUUUCAGGUGGAAACACCAUGUUGACUGGAUUACCAGCAAGAAUACAAAACGAAAUCUCUUCCAUGGUUCCUCUAGACCUGUCGGGACAUGUGCACGUUACGAGCCCAGCAAAUCGGGACUUCACAGUGUGGAGUGGAGGUGCUACCUUGGCGAGUUCAUCUGCCCUGGACUGUGCCUGGAUUAGCCAAGAAGAGUAUCAUGAAUUUGGUCCCAAAAUUGUUCAUAGGAAGUGUUUUUAAUGUAGAAAUAUUGGACAGUGUGAUAAGAUUUUCAUUUAUUGAUCUUGAAUGCAAUAAUUAUUUAAGAAGUGUUAAUUGACAACAAUAUUCCAAAAUAAGGUCUAUAUUAUUUAUAGCAGUUUACAAUUUGUUCCCAGAUUGAUCCUGUAUAAAGAGGGAUGUAUAAACCCAGAUGUAUUGGUGCUUGCAGCUUGUUGUUUUAAAGUUUGUUUCAGCAAGUUCUGUUCCCAUUCUUUGUGGAGACCAGAAGAGAAAUGAUUGUGCUGCUUCUGUAUCCUGAAUGCCAUAAGAUGGAAUGGUAAAAGUUUUCGCUUCUAGCAACGUUCAUUUUGGGCUUGGGUAGGUCAUGAUUACUAAGUGGGAACAGCUGACAUCAUCUAGAUUGGAAGAGAAUUGAAAAGAUAGAAAGCAGAGAAGAUUAAAUGGGUUAAUCUAACUUGGGGUGCCAUUUUUGUCUUAACUGGCUUUUCAAAAAAGGAAUCCUUGAAAGGUUUGAAAUCAAACUAUACAUCUGCCCUCUUGUAAGAAUAAAGACUUUGGCAUCUGCUCAGAAGCAAGUCUUUAGUUCAAGAAAAACCUUUUGCCAAAUUAUUUAUUUAAACAAUCUAGAGCAAUCUCUACCUACAUUUAAAGAAAUGUUUACUACACUAAGCAUUACAGGAGAAGUUCUGCUUAAGUAAAUGUACAAAGAAUACCAUAUUCAUUAAAAUUUUCUGUAGACUCUGCAAUGUUGUUUUCUAUAUUAUUCAAAAUCUGUGCCUUAGAAACAAAGUCACUGUCUAAUUUGGGAGCACUGAGGCAAACAGCCCUGAUUCUAACCCAUUAAAAAUUAUCAUUCUAUAUUGAAGGUCAGUCAUGUGAAUACAUUUAUUUAAAAAAUGUCAUAGUUAAUGUGAAAAUUGGUUGAUGCCAUCAUUGGGCUUUUUCUGGAGAAUUUGCUUUUUGAAAUGUUUUAUUCUGAUAUAAAUUGACCUGAAAUAUUAAUUCUUCAAUAUGUUACUUGGACAUUAUUUUCAUGGCUCCUAAAAGCAACCUACUUUAGCCGGAAAUUGUAGCCAGGUUUUGUAAUGCAUUACUUUGUGCCAUUAAUAAGGUAGAACUUGAUGCCCCUUUGGAAACAAUUGGCAGCUGCAAUGUAAACACUGCAAUGUGAUCAUUUUUGGGAGCUGCAUUUCAUUACAAAAUUUGCCCCAGCAUUAAGAUGUUUUGCUUUUACAUUGACAAUAAUAUUAAGUCCUGAUAAAUGUGAAGCAAAUUUGCCAAGAUAUCUAUUUGAAACAAACCUUGUACAGCAGUUUUUUAAUUUUGUAAGUAGCAAAGAUAGAAAACACUGAUUUCAAAUUUAUUUCAAUCAGUAGGAACUAUCCUGCCAAUCCCAUCCAUCUGUGAUAUUUAAAAAAAUAAUUGGAUGUCAAGUAUGAUGUGUACAAAAUGUAAUAUAAUCUUGAGCAAAAUGUGUAAUGGUUUUCCAGUUGUCUUAAAUAACCAUUGGCUGCUUGAUUGACAAUGCUCACUUGAUCAUAUUUAACAAACAGAGAAAGUUACACGAGCAAGGAAUUUGCAAAAACCUAUUGAAUUAUUCAUCUUUUCCUGGAUAUCAGGAAGAACUGCCACAAAUAAAUUAACAAAUCCCUCAAACAUUUUGUUUUAAGCUGUCCCAAUCAAUUUAGUGUCCGUUUUUAAAGAAUUAAAAAUAAUUCAUCAUUUCUGAAAGGAAAUUGAUGAACAUGUCCAUAAAAUGCAAAGAAAUUAUUCUGCACAGAAAUGACUCCAGCUGUGUUAGUGCCAGAGUUUUAAAUUUUGUCUGGGUUUAGCAUUUCCAGACCCUGGUGAUGAAUUGCGCUUAUGAAUAAAAAAUAUGUCCUAGGUUUCUCUUUCCCAAAGACCAAGCAGUACAUGUCACACUUUCCCCCAGCCCUCCUUCCUCAUCAAUUAUUUCACACAUCACAAUAUUACUGAUGGCUGCUCUUGAGGUACUAUGAUGUUGUCUUACUUGCACAAAACACUCUUAUUACUUGGGAAUGAGAAAAGCAUGCCAACCUAAACCUUGUUGCAUUUCCCUUAAAAUUGUGAAAUCAAACUGCACAGUAUUUGAAAUAAAGAUGAAGUAUUUUU